AUGCCUCAGGAAGUCGCCACCCCUCGCCGAUCGAAGCGGUACCAGCCUCUGCUAGCCACCUCUGCCUCAUCCGCUGGGGAUUACACGUACACUUGGUCAUCCGAUCCCAUAUAUACCAGGCCGCUAGAGUCCGAAGACAACGGGGACGAUGGAGCGCUUUUUGACGACGCAACUGCAGAGGCUGUCUUCUAUGUCUCGUUUAACCGUACUGACCUCUCGAAGAUUCCGCAGAGUAAAGGCCGAACCAGAGGACGGGCGAAGGGCAAGGCGAAACAGGAUGAUGUCUCAGAGAAAUUUAGCGUGGGUGAUACGGUGCUCAUUGCGACAAAUGCGAAGAAGCCUAGUGUAGGCGUCAUCGUGACAAUGUGGCAAGUGAACGUGGAUGCGGAGGAGGAAAGGGAUGCUGCUGAAGAGGACGAGGGCCGGCCUGAGGAUUCCAAGAUGAAGGUAAAAGUGCACUGGUUUCUGAGGCCCACGGAGCUUGCUGGUGUCCGCGCGAAGAGAGACCACUAUGAGAACGAAAUAUACUACUCAUUGGCGACGUGCGCUACAAUUAACCCAUCCAAGAUUGUUUCGAAAUGCACGGUCACAAGUCAAGAACCAGAAGAUGCAGAGUCGAAGAGUGCAUUAGCAUGGUCGGCCUCACCUUCAAAACGUCGAAAGCUAUCUGCACCAAGCUCCGCGCAUGCUGAAUAUCAAGAUGUCUUUUACUGUGGCUCCGCAAUUGACGCCCGGCGUGGACUUUACUAUGUAUUUGACUGGGAGGAAUUCAGGGAGCGAGCCCUUGCCACUGAAACGGACGAUCCCUCCAACACCGCAGCUUGGGAUGUCUCCGUAGAUGACACAAUAGUACUUCACGAAGACGGCGUAUCUCCUACCAAACGCACUCCCGCCGCACGCGGUCGUGGAAGGCCGCGGAAGUCCUCGGUGAAAGAAGAUGAGGACUUCGACGACCGGGAAGGAAUCCAGCCCAGCGAAGACGAGUACCAAGUUGAUAAAGACGCGCAAGCGGUAGCAGCUACUGACACAGAAGAAGAGCAAGAGGCGCCCCUCGAGGAUGACUUGCCCAAGACUCCCUCGAAGAAGCGCAGACGAGGCGAGAUAUGGACGCCUCGGACACCUCGCACUCCGAGAACACCGCGACGCACACGAGAAACGGUCAAAAACCUCGCUGCCCCUACUCCCCAUUCCAAGGCCGCCCUGCGUGCCCGCGCGCGGCGAAAGUCGUCGAUGGCCGUCCGACCCCCGCCGCCCGAAUUGACACAAUCUCUCGCUGCCGCACUGAAGAAGAUAGGGAACGAUCCAUGGUUACGAGCUAUGCAUGCUCUGCACGUCGCGGCACGCCCGGAUGAGUUGGUCUGUAGAGAGGAGGAGUAUAGUAAGGUGCUGAGGAGCGUGGAAGAGCUGGUAGAGGAGGGAAGCGGCGGAUGCGUCUACAUAUCCGGGGUGCCCGGUACCGGGAAGACAGCCACUGUUCACGCCAUCGUACGCGAGUUGAAGCGAAUGGCUGAGAAUAGCGAAACUAACCCCUUCACUUAUGUCGAAAUCAAUGGAUUGAAAAUUCCGGAGCCCUCUGCCGCGUACGGGCUGCUAUGGGAAGCCGUGUCCGGACACGACGUCGCGUCCGAAGGGCACCUCAAGAUCAGCUCCAAGGAAGCGCUGCGCAACUUAACUCAUUACUUUGGCAGCGGCGGGAACUCGGGUCCCGGGGGACACGCCUGUGUUGUCCUCAUGGACGAACUGGACCAACUGAUGACCGCCAAGCAGGACGUUGUGUAUAACUUUUUCAACUGGCCGACGUUCGUUGGAUCCAAGCUGGUCGUCAUAGCCGUGGCGAACACCAUGGAUCUUCCUGAAAGGGUCAUGUCAGGCAGAGUCCGGAGUCGACUUGGUAUGGUCCGGAUCAACUUCCAACCAUACACGACCCCUCAGCUCGAGCGGAUCGUGCACUCCCGGCUGCUGAGCGCUAAGGAAGGAUUGGCAGGCCAAGUGCCUGACGUGCUAUCGGCGGACGGUGUCAAAUUUGCCGCGAUGAAGGUAUCCAGCAUCAGCGGCGAUGCCAGACGUGUCCUGGACAUCUGUCGGCGCACCGUGGAGUUGGUCCACCCUAGGAAGCGCACGGCCGGGACAAACGACGUGAAAGGAGUGAUCAAGGUGAUGCAGAACAGCCCGACGGCGGCGUACCUCCGCGACUGCAGCCUGCACGAGCGGCUCCUCCUCGCCGCCUUGCUGAAGUGCAUGAAAAACGAAGGCGUAGACGAGAUCAAGUGGGGGGACGUGCAGUACCAGCACCUCAUCUACCUGCCCGUCUUCACGUCCACGGACGAGCCGUCCCGCAAGCCGAGCGGGGAGGAGCUAGCGAUGGUCCUGGAGAACCUGCUCGCGACGAGGGCGGUGCUGAUGGAAGAUGGCACAGGCGCGGCCAGGAAGCCGGAGGACGAGCGCAGGAUCGUGCUGAAUAUGGAGGUCGGAGAGGUGGAGAGGGCGCUCGCAGACGUCGGUGGGGACAGGUGGAAGAAUGCAUUGAGUGCGUGA